CCAGCGGAUCUGGCCCUUUAAAUCACCAAUACAGCGCAUUCGGAGCCCUAAUUACGGACAUGAAUCUCUGAGCUACUCCACAGUCGGAGUAAUUAAAGCAGGACUCUCUCCCCGGGAAGGAGGGUGACAGACUGAGAGACAGAGAGAGUGAGAGACACAGUCGUAACACACUCAUCGUGAUAGUCAAGCCAAUGUGAGCUCAGCCAUCGCCCAGCUCUGUCGUUUUGACUCGGCAACUGUUUAACGGCUGCUCAGAUCGAACCUCUACAUCCAGUCACAUCAGUGUUCAGAGAGAGUCCUGUCUGUGCACCAUCAGUCAGAUUUCUCCUGUGUUGGUGUAUUCUGAUGGAUCAGUAUGUCUACCACUAAUAAUAUCGCCCAGGCCAGGAAACUAGUGGAACAGCUGAGGAUUGAGGCAGGGAUCGAACGCAUCAAGGUGUCCAAAGCAGCAGCAGACCUGAUGAGUUACUGUGAGCAGCACGCUCGUAGCGACCCUCUGCUGGUUGGGGUUCCCACCUCCGAAAACCCUUUCAAGGACAAGAAACCCUGCAUCAUCCUAUAGCUGCGCUCCACUCCUCCUGCCCUCACACACACACACACACACACACACACACACACACACAUAAAUACACAUCCACAUACAGCCAUGCACAUCAUACACACAAUGUACACAUUCAGUACCUAAAUUGAUCCCCAGACACACACGUACAAAUUCACAACUUCAAGCAGCCCUGUCCAGUCAUACAGGGCUGUAUCUAGUAUCGUCACACACACACACACACACACACACACACACACACACACACACACACACACACACACACACACACACACACACACAGAAACACACAGAUACACACACUCCCAAAAUAGCCACUCUGGAAAAGCGCCAUACCCCAGAGCCACAGCUAAGGGGCAGGUAUCAUGUGCUCACAGUGGCCGAGAUCAGUAUAUCACUGAGUAUGAUCCAAGGUGCUUUGGUAAUAUUCAUAUAUGCUGGUAAAUUAACUACAAGUGUUAGCUUAACUUGAAAAGGGAUUUGGACAUUAAUAAGUAGGAAACUGGGAUUUUUUUUCCUUCUUUUGUCAUGAAAUGAGGGGCUGGGUAAAGGAUGGACAGCUGUGCCAUAGGCAGGGAGUGGGAGGAUGCAUGUGGGCAACAGAAAUGGGCGGUAGGCGCUUCUGCAAACCGUGCCAAACACGACCUGGUGUCCCAUUAAAAGCUCAAUAAAUGCUUCUUCUUUCAUGUGGGAGUUAAAAAAAAAAAGGUCUGAGAGCCUUGUCCUCAGACUUGCCUGUGCUACAUCAUGGCGGGGCCUUUUGGAGCAAGUGGCUAAAGCCUUUGCCUUUAUCGGGCUAUAGCAUGUUCCCACCCAAAACCUGUAUCAACAGACCUUCUCUGCCUGUGGCCUCAAUAUGGCCGUCUGCAGCCUUCGGCCAAAACCUCCAGCUGUGCCAAGCUGUACUGAAAGUCGUCUCUAGAUGCUGAUCUGCUGUCACACUGAUUCCACAGCAGUUUAUUAUGGCUGCUGUUGGCUGAAAUCGAUGUCUAACCUGACCUCAGAUCUGCACCUAAGAGGGGAACACAGCUCUACACAGAACUCAAGCUAUUAACCCCGGACGUUUACUGCAUUUUUCUUAAGAAAUACAUGUUUGUGAACUCAAUGUACGUUUUGAUAUUUUGUUGACACAUUACUUAACAGAUAAUACUGUACUUUUUUUUUAAUUGUUUUCUUUGACAUGGGUGCUGCCCCUGGCUGAUCAGGUUUCUUUUCCUGCUAGCAUUCAUGAAACGACAGGAGAUCUGAUUUUAAGCUGGGGGUAACACCUCGCCAGGUACCUGCUAGAAUCUUAAACAAGGGUUUCUACUGUACAUCAAGCCUCCCUGUGCUUUACCCUGAGAGAGGGCGAGGUCAUUCACUGACCACACUUGAGAAUCGGUCUGCAAGGACUGCAAGGCUGGAGGAGAGAGCCCAAACUUAAAAACUAAAAAUGAAGCCAUCCCAAAAAAGUAAAAACAAAGCUUUCCAUUUCCUUCCUUCUCUGCUCAUGUAAAAGAAGAGAUAGAUUGCAUUGGAUAGUGCAAAGAUGGAGCUGUUUGUUUUAUUCGCCUCUUCUGUAGAGAAGGGGUGUCUUGUUUUAAUGCAUAAUAAUCCUGGCUAUAAAUCAGAUAGAAUAAAUAUGGCCUGGCUUUACCAGUCUUUAAAGUUUCCAGUCUCCCCAGUGCAACAGCUCGCUUUAAGGUGUGCUCAAACCGGUCAGGGUCUGGAUCGGUAAGAGCCGGAGGUCCCCUCUCAGUUUCCUCCUCUCCUCCACAGCGCUCCUCCUCUCUGAAAAACCAAACUUGAUUGUAAAAACUGAAGAUGGAGUGGGGGAAAAAAACGAAGUUAAGAGAAACAAAAAAAGUGUAUAAACUUUCUUUCAGACAUGUGCAGAAGUGAUAAGUUGAAGAGUAGCUGUUUUGGGUUUAUUUUUGAGUUUUCUUCUUUCUAUGGAGUCCAUGGAACCUGGUCAGUUGAGUAUUAUCCUGUACAGUGUUUGUAAGAUACAAAAUCUAAACACAGAAUCCCCCUCUGUGGAUGUUGGAUUUUUUUAGUACUACUUAUUCUGUUCUGUCAGUCAGGAUCAUGUCUGUCUUCAUUUAUUGUUAAUUUUUUUUUUUUUUUUCGUCAUUCAGGGUUUAGAGGCUUGCGAUAGCGGAGAUUGGUUUUAACCACAGAUACAAAUACAACCACCUGAUGAGGAUAAAAUAAAUGAUAAAAGUUAGAAACAUGAACCCUCUUAGGUUUAGGAUUUUAUCCUGUUAGAGGAUGAAUCAACAUCGGACCUCAUACCAGUGGCAAAAACCAACCUCCUGAUCUAUCCUUUAACACCAGAGCAGCCCACAGAUUUUAAGUUUUUUUCUCAAGUGUUGGCUUUGGUGGGUGACAGACAACAAGGACAACACACACAUACACAUAAACCACACCUACACUCUCUUUUUAGUUAAAGGAGCUAUAAGGGCUUUGGCACUGAAGGCUUGUUUUGACGUUUUAAAUGCUGAAAGAAGAGAGCUUUGUGCCAUCAUAAUUACACUUCAGCUUUUGUCAGGAGUUACAUACAGUAACAGAGCUGGGUGGGGUCACUUGAACAGGACUUACUGCUGCUGAUUGACUGUCAUGGGGGUUGAGCCCACUGCUUUUCUGUUCUCUGAUCGCUAAGGUCAAUAUGACCCACCUGCUACACUUGUUUUUGGGAGUGAGGAGCUUUCUUGGAGGUGGUGAGAGGUGAGCAGUUGUUUAUGUGUUAAUGGGUCCACACCUACUCAUCUGUGAGUGUUAAAGGCCACCAGGGACGCCUUAAAAAGUAGUUAAGUGUUGCAUUUAGUCCAUGAGAGCUCCACAUUGUCUGAAUCUUGAAAUAAGGCAGCUUUUUGGCAACUUUUUAGCUCAUCUUUAGAGGAAUAGUUCAACAUUUUUGAAUACUUAUUUGAGUUCUUGCUGAGCGUUUGAGGAGACGAUUGAUAUAACUCUCAUAUCUGUAGGUUAAAUAUGAAGCUAUCAGCAGCAGUCAGUUAGCUUAGCUCAGCAUACAGACUGAGAACAGGGGAAAACAGCUAGCCUGACAAUGUGCAAAGGUGACACAGUCCACCAACCACCAUCUCUGACGCUUGCUAAUUUACACCUGAUGUUAAAUUUAUUUGAUUGGAAAAAUGAUAUUUUUCUGUAUUGAGCUUUAGGGGUGCUAGAAGGCUGGUUCUAUCACCUUUACACACAGCCAGGGUAGCUGUUUCUCCCUUUUUGCAAUCGUUAUGCUAACCAAAGCUAACCAGCUGCUGGCUGUAGCUUCAUUAUUAACCUACAGACAGUGGAGUGGUGUAAAUUGCCUCAUCUGACUCUCAGCAAGAAAGCAUAUUUCCCCAAAUGUGAAACUAUUCCCUUUUAAAAAUUAAAACUUGAUGGCACAAUACAAGGUUAAAUAUCUCUUUAGUAUCACUGCUAAUCAGGAUCCUGAUACAAAGCCCUGCUUCAUCUUUCAUUUGCCUUUGUUCCUAACAGAGAGAGCAGGCCGUUCCCAAAGUACAGAGAGAUCAGGAGCUGGAGAAAGGCCAUAGUGAGGGCUGAGGGUAUGUGUGUUUGUGUGCGUGUGUGUGUGUGUGUGGGUGUGUGUCAGAUGCUAGAGUUUGGUAGCUGAAAAGAUGAUUAGGCAAAGCAGUAGGCAGAGAAGAAAAUAAUAGAGGUGUAUGCAUGUUUUUUGUGUGUGUGUGUG